UUUCCAAACUUUUUUUACGAAGUUUAUUGCCAUUAAUUUUGUGAAGGUGUCCAGUAAUUUCGCUUCUAUUUUGUUGGUUUUUGCCUUUCUGGACGCAUUUUCGCCUUUUCAGACUUGCACGACUGUCUAACGAUGAACACCACAACCCGUUAUUUUCGUGACCUCUUCAAAAAUGCUCGUGAACUGCACCACGGGAACACAGUGCUGCUACAGCGAGACGCCGAGCAGUCGUGGUGGAUGGGAUUUGUGCGGGACAUCCAGGACGAUCGUUUCCUCGUGGACUUCGAUGCCAGCUGAGUUCCCGCCCAGUGGGUCCCCGCGCAGCAACUCUGGCCCCAUCAUUUUCUCAGCCUGAAUAACGCCUGGGAAGGGUCCGCGGUGCAGGUGGCGCUGCGGACGGCCGCCGAUCAACCGAUGGUCUUCCGGUCGUGCACCCUCAUCAAGGAAGAGAAGUACUACGGAUUGCUCUGUAUGGUCCGCCUGCAGGACGACGGAUCGGUACAUGUCGUUCACCGCAAUCAUCUGGUGGCGACCCUACCGUCGGACGACAGUGAAUGCUUCGCAGGUCGCGGCAGCGGGUUUCUGUUCCGGCGCUACGAGGUCGCCGAUCCCCUAGGACAAGCGUUAACCACCGUGGAUUUCCUGGCAAUUUACGUUAACCAGGUGUGCCAGCUGAAACUGAAGCCUGGCCGUGGAGUGCUCUGUGACGCCAGCUGCCCAGUGACCCAUGAUCAGGGUGUGGACGAUAUGGUGUUCACUUGCGCGGGACGGCAUCAGAAGAUGCAGGGAGGUCGGUAUACCUUCGCUAUCGGGUGCCGUGUCUUCGCGCGAUUGACGGGCGAAAACACGGUCGUUUUCGUUUGCGCCGAGAUGCAUGGGAAUGAGGAGGGUCACAGUUUGUUCUGGACCGCCGAUUCCUUGCGGAGCGCACUGCGGGAGUACGUGAAGGAGGACUUGGUGGGACAGCGUCUUCGGCUGAUGUUCCCUCGCUGCAGCCCCGUGCUGUAUGAAGCGGAUCCGGUCUCCAUCAACGACCUCAGCCUUCCACUGCACACGACUAUCCUGUCCCAACUGGAUGUGGAGUCCCAGUGGCGAGUGCGCCGUGUGUGCACGCUGUGGUCUUGCCUUCAGUCUACGGAGAACGUGUUCAAGCAGCACAUCCUGAUCGACGUGCGCCCACACCGCCACGUUACCAUCGCGAACGACUCCCUGCCCGGCGAAUACGACACCUACCGCGACCACAAAAUCCAGGCCUUACUUGGCAACAGCCUGUCGCCGUCCACCCGCUCCCUGACCCUCCGAGCGGACGGCGUGGAUCUCGGUGAACGCCUGUGGAUGAUACAAGCGGUGAUCAGCGCUCAGGGUCUCCGCCUCCCUUGGCUUCUCGUCCAGAACGGGGGCGGCAGUUUCCUCCGGGACCCCAAUGUCUCUUUUCUCUCCAUCUGCCACGGACCGCCCAACGGGGCCCUGCAGUGCCUGAACGUGUCGGAAGUGCUGACGGUGUGCGAGCAGCUGGUGUUGAUGGAUUACGACGUGUCCGCCGCCCUGAUCGGGUCGGUGGUCAAUAUCAUGCACUGCGGUCACGAGUGGGAGGUGUUCGACCGGGAGAGCGGGUUUAUGCGCCGCAACUGGGCGUCCUGUUCGCCCGUCGUCAUUCCGCGGUUGCAGUUUCGGCACACAGAGACCUCCGCGGACCAGCUGCGGGGGUUCCUGGCCGCGGUGGAUGAACAGUGUCCGGCCGUUAGUCGCGAGGUUCGGAAAAAGAUUACGGCAGUGUACGCGCGUUGGAUGAAGGACUAUCCGGGCCAGUGGGGCGGUAUGCGCAUGUUCCUGCAGCUGUUUAACUGUCUGCGCGCCGACGACAUUCCACAGCGCUGGCAAGGGAUGGAUUUGCGUCAACUGCAGGCUGCCUCGCUGACCAAGGUGACCUUUGCCGCGCUGAAUGCAUGCUACAGACGCUGAAGGGAGCCGACACUUCGCUGCAAGCGGUUUUGGAUGGUGUUGCUGCUAGUUAACCUUUACCGAAUCGUAGCUCCUUUCGGAGCAUGUAACUCAUUUUAAUCUAAUCCACAUGGCAUAUCCCUCCUGGAAGCCGUUUUAUCCAGAGUAUCCUGAUUUGUAAUAAUACUAUUAUUGAUGAUUCAUUCGUUUAGUUUCUAACGAUGACGACCAUGACUCCAUGAGUUUUCUUAUUAGUAUUCUGUAAUUAUAUGGCCUCGGUUGGCAGUUAUAUGGCCUGUAAUUAUAUUUCGCCAAUUUCGGCAUAUACCUAUCCGGCAUCUAAUUCUACAGUAGUUGAUUCAAAGCAACUGUUAGAAAAUGCAGUAUUUCUGUGGUUAUGUAUUGACGGUGUGACCAAUUAUUAUCUUAUACCAGUGCACACUUCUUUGCUGACUUGUGAGAAGAGCAGCUAGUUUGAAUUGUUAGA